UGUGAGUUUUCAGCUUCAGCCGCAUGCUACUGUGGGACAGUGAGCCCAGCUAGCUGCCGAGCGCUGUUGUAACGGCCGUUAUAACCCCUCAUAGCCGUGCCGGUGGUCUGAUUUCAACGCACACCUGCACCUUGUGGUCCGCGGACAGCUCGUGGUACACCGUUGUUUGUUUAAGUAAGCAGCCGACAGAAGACAGGCCUCAGACAUGUCCAAGGACACGGAAGGGAAAAGCGAGAAAAUCAUGGAUAUGGAGAACAAGGUGCUCUGGUACCCGGACUCCAAGAGGAACACACGGAUGGAAGAGUUUAGGAUACAGGUCAACGAGAACUACGGUCUUAAUCUGGCCAACUACUCGGACCUGUACCAGUGGUCGGUGGACUACUACCCAGAGUUCUGGGCUGAAGUUUGGCGCUCCUGUGGCGUGCUCAGCUCCAAACCUUAUGAGGAGGUGAUUGAUGCGUCCAAGCGGAUCUCGGACGUACCGGAGUGGUUCAAAGGAGCUCGACUCAACUACGCCGAGAACCUGCUCAAACACUCAGACCAGGAUAAAGUGGCUCUCUAUGCUGCCAGAGAGGGCGGCGAGGAGAUCGUGAAGGUGACCUUUGGUCAGCUCCGACGUGACGUAGCCAUGUUUGCCGCCGCCAUGAGGAGGAUGGGAGUCAAGACUGGAGACAGGGUCGUAGGCUACCUCCCCAAUGGCAUCCACGCCGUGGAGGCCAUGUUGGCAGCAGCUAGCAUCGGAGCCAUUUGGAGCUCAACGUCUGUGGACUUUGGAAUCAAUGGAGUCCUCGACAGGUUUUCUCAAAUUCAGCCCAAACUCAUCUUUUCCGUCGCCGCCGUGGUUUACAACGGCAAAACACACGACCACAUGGAGAAGCUCAGCAGCGUCGUCAAAGGUCUUCCCGACCUGAAGAAAGUUGUGGUUAUACCCUACGCUCGCUCCAAACAUGAGGCCGACAUCUCCAAGAUCCCAAACAGCGUUUUCAUCGAUGACUUCCUGGCGUCUGGACUGGGGGAUGGCGGCCAGCUCCCUCAGUUGGAGUUCGAACAGCUUCCGUUUAAUCACCCGCUGUUCAUCAUGUACUCGUCCGGAACCACGGGAGCUCCUAAAUGUAUGGUCCAUUCUGCCGGGGGGACACUCAUCCAACACUUGAAGGAACACGUUCUUCAUGGCAAUAUGACCAGCAGUGACGUCAUCAUUUAUUACACUACGACGGGCUGGAUGAUGUGGAACUGGUUGGUGUCGGCUCUGGCCGUGGGAUCCUCCGUGGUGUUGUACGACGGUUCACCCCUGAUGCCUACGCCGGACGUUCUGUGGAACCUGACUGACAAGCUGGGCAUAACUAUCUUUGGUACUGGGGCCAAGUGGCUGGCUGUGCUGCAGGAGAGGAACCUGAAACCCAUGGAAACACACAACCUGCAGUCCCUUCACACCAUCCUGUCGACUGGAUCUCCCCUCAAACCCCAGAGCUACGACUACGUCUACCGUUGCAUCAAGAACAACGUGCUGCUGGGCUCCAUCUCAGGUGGUACUGAUAUCGUGUCAUGUUUCAUGGGUCAAAACCCGACAGUUCCAGUGUACAAGGGUGAGAUCCAAACCAGGAACCUGGGCAUGGCCGUGGAGGCCUGGAGCCUCGAUGGUAAGCCCGUGUGGGGGGAGAGCGGGGAGCUGGUCUGCCUGAAGCCCAUCCCCUGUCAGCCCACACACUUCUGGAACGAUGAGAACGGAAGCAAAUACCAGAAAGCGUACUUCUCUUCAUACCCUGGUGUAUGGGCUCAUGGAGACUACUGUAAAAUCAACCCUAAGACAGGGGGCGUCGUCAUGUUGGGCAGAAGUGACGGAACGUUAAACCCCAACGGAGUUCGCUUUGGCAGCUCAGAGAUCUACAACAUCGUAGAGGCUUUCGAGGAAGUGUCCGACAGCCUGUGCGUACCUCAGUACAACGAGGACGGCGAGGAGAGAGUCAUACUGUUUUUAAAAAUGGCGCCCUCUAAGCCUUUCAGUCCAGAGCUGGUGGCCAAGAUUAAAGGAGCCAUCAGGAAGGCUCUGUCGGCCCGACACAUCCCCGCCCUGCUGCUGGAGACCAAAGACAUUCCUUACACCAUCAGCGGGAAGAAGGUGGAGGUGGCAGUGAAGCAGGUGAUUGCCGGGCGGGAGGUGGCGCAGAGGGGAGCCUUCUCCAAUCCCGAUUCACUGGACCUUUACAAAAACAUUCCUGAACUGCAGAACUUUUAGUCCCGAGGCGUCGCGGAGGGUCAGAGAAAGAUGAACUGCCUGAUGGGAAAACUUUUUUUUUUUUUGUCCUCUUUUGGGGUUUACACAUGCAGCGAGACAAAUGAAAAGUAUAUGAGGGAGAAAAAUACACAAACAAAAAAGGACAAGGGUACUUGACAAAAAUGGUAUAAAAAUCCAUUGGAAUCAUUUAUAAAAACUGAUCGUAGACCUGUGAGAUCAGGUAGGCAAGAGUCUCCGCUAGCUAGCUAGCUUAUCACUGCAGACGUGUCAGUGUUGACAUGGACGUUACUGUUUAUUUUAGUGGCUUUAAAACCUGGGAAGUAUUGGACGUGUUAUGAGGUCAGAAAGUAGUGCCACAGCUGGACUAGUCCAGACCGGAUGUCUGUAAACCUUGAUGCACCAAAAGAAGAGUUUGAAAACCAAACGUAAUUCACCGAGAACGCCAAACACAUUUCAACCAUUUUAACGAUGGCAGUAGAAGAGGUAUAUGACAUUUGAAGUGCUGUAGUUAGUACUACAGAUUUACAUACAAAUACGAAGCUCUCCUCACACCCUCCAAAAAACCCCACAACAUUCUACCUUACAGGCAAUGAUUGAUUCCAAUCCAGUUCUGAAGAAAACGUGAAUUGUUUUCCCUGUGUACAAUUGUGUAUCUUUAAGAGGCCUUAAAAAUGUUUUUGAUCAUCAUACCUUUUGCUAAUCCCAUAUACUUAGUCUGUUCAGUGUGGUCUACGUUCUCCGUACAGACUGGCCCAGGUGGGCCACGUCGGCGUGAGGUUCCACCCGUUGCGGUCCACAGCUCGUGUUUGUACGCCCCCAUCUGGGAUUACUGUGUCAUCACUGUGUGUACGUUCCGUUUCUAUGUAUAUAUGUAUGUUACGUAUAUAUAAAAGAAUAUUUUGAACUGUUAGAAUAAAUUACAUUAUAGUCAACCUGAAGCUGUUACCAAACCUUCCCGGCCCAGUGUUGUGUCGUAACACACACUGGUUUCAUUCCUAGUCCUUAGAAAAGAAAACAUUAGAGUCGAUUUGUUUUAAACCAAAAUCUAAACGGAUCGCACUUUUAUGUAGCGACUUUGGAAGUAGAUGUUCUGUUAUUUAAAAAAAAAAAAAAUUAAGGUACACGUCUGGUUUCUGUAGAGAAAACCUUAUUCCUUUGUUACUGAUUUCAUGUCGCGUGAUUCUGUAGGAAACGAGACGAGAUGACGAUACGUUUUUUCAUUCAGUGGUAUUUUUUUAAGUAAAAACAACUAAUCUUCCGUGAAUAUAAUUUGUCUGGAGGACGUAGAACCCACGGAACAACGUGGAUCUUACAGUAAAUGAUUACAAUGUGAUAAUUCGCACUUUACGUUUUGUGUGCGUGACCUAAGUGAUUGUUAGCAAAUGGCUACGAUGAAGUCAAAAAGUUCUAAGACAAAAUGAAAAAAAAACAAAAAAACUUUGUCUGUUGAAACAACAAGGAUGUUUCUCUAUGUGGCAUCUGUAGGGGGCACUGUUAUGUGAUUAGGUCAAUUCACUCUCUGUUUUGCAAAAAUGAGGUUCAUAUUAAUUAACUGUAGUUUCACCAGUGACCAAAGUUACUAAACCGUAAUAUGUGCAUGAGAUCAUGAGUACUAUGCUAAUACAUUUUGACAAAUAUAAUACUUUUUUUUGUUUGUGUAAAAAAAAUGAAAAAAACUAAAUGUAACCUGACUCACAUGACACAUGACAUUAUUAAAAUCAGACGCCUUUGAAAACUAAAA